UAUAUGAUUUAUGCUUCUGUUUAAAGUUUACUUUUUGAUGUACAAUAAUUACUAUAAUCAUUGAAAUGUAAUUUCAUAUGUACCGUCCCGGGUCGAUCUAUUAAUGAUGUAUACUCUUUAUGUUCUAUUUAUUUAUUUUACACACGCAAAUCAUAAUAUUAAAGUGUGACCGAUAUUGAUAAUACAGUAACUAAUUUUCUUCCGGAAUAAAUAUGUAACUGGAAGCCACCGCUUUCGGAAAUUCAAAGUUUAAUAAUAACGUGUAGGAGUUGGACUGAGGAAAAUUUGUAUCAUAGGAUCCUAGGAUUCCCUAAUAUAUAUUUCAAAACUGUUACAUGUAUAAAACUUGGGGAUUCCCAAACAUUUUAUAAAUUGUUGUGGACGAAUUAACGUGCAAGGUAAAACAAAAUGACGUCUCCUUUUAAUGUCGUGGAUAUGUCAACAGAUGCAGAUGCAUCAGCUUCCGAACUUUUGGGGAUUUCAUCCACACAAGAUCAACAAACAAGAACUAGUUCGAAGCGUGUCAGGUGUCAUGGAAAGGGUAAACAGUGGCUGCCGUGUGUUGUUGUUGUGAUGCUUAUCGGUAUAGUAGCAAUGUUGGUAGCGGUAUUAUUGAAUUUGCCUGAAUCAGCUAACAUUCCUAAAGCAUCAAACAAUGGUUUGACAUCAGCUCAAAGUUCAAAUAUAACAGCUAAACAUAAAGAAGAUAAUUACUGCAUACACUAUACACGACCUGAAUUUUUGGAAAGCCUUCCCGAUGACAUCGACCUCCUGUGUGAACCUCAGCUAGUUAAAGAAGGAACGAAAAAAGACUGGUUUCCUUGUCCAAACACUCAGCUAUUCAUACCAGCAUAUUGCAUGUGUGAUACUAAAGCCCAGUGCAUUAACUCAUCAAAAGACCAAUAUCGAAAACAAAACUGCACUACAUGCAGAGAUGAAAUGCACUGCCCGUGCCAAAAUAAUGGAAAGUGUGAGAGAUGUCCUUCACGAGGGCAUCCAAACGAAAACAAGUGUUUAUGCCCGUAUGGUACGCAGGGGAAAUAUUGCACGAAAAUUGAUAAAAGAAAGUGUAAUCCGGCAUCUAAAUCAGACAUGUUUGUAACCUACGCUAGGUGUAAUAACAGUAACAACAACACUUGUUUGAUUGACUAUGGCAAGACUAUCUUCAAAUGUGAUUUGUCUGAAUUGCCAGAACAUCAACGAAACUGUUCAGAUAUUGAUGUUGAACAAGGACGGAACGCCUUCCAGGUAGCCAUAGAAAAUCAAGAAAAACAGAAGAAUUCCGUGGUGUUUCCCACAAAAGCAAUAUUAAUUGUUUGUAUUAUCCUUACUGUCGGUGUCCUCGUUAUUGUACUGGUAUACAUUUGGCGUAGAAGAAAUUCAAGUUAACAACCAGAAAGUGUAUGACGGUGACGAAUUUGUAUUUUAUAUGUAAUUUGCUAUUAAAAUACAGUCUACGCUUGACGAUUGAGAAGCUAAAAAUAACUCAUUCCAUGGCCAUUAGAUGGAAGAUCAAACUACCAAUUGUUUUGAGGAUGGCACAAUAAUCUCAUAUCAUUAUUAACAAAAUUAGUUCAAACCAUACUAAGAGUUUGAUUUGGAAAUGCCAGAGCAACAAGGAAAAUUAGCUAUAAUGUUAUAAGUGACGUUUGAUUUGCCUUUUGGUGAUCAUAAUGUAAUUACAUUUAAAGCUUUACAUGGAAUGUUCACGAAAUUCAUCUGGAUAAAAGAGCUAAUCAAGAGGUACAAUUUGUAAAAUUGUCAAUGGGAUGGCAAUUAUGAAAUAGUAUCAAAGAAAUUUUCCUGAAAUUUAAAAUUCAAAAUUGCCGUUUCCACGUGUACGAGAGGAUAUACACGAGAUUUUUCCAGUCAGGUAGUAAGAAAUAUUAACAUUGUAAUUGUUAUGAGAAAAAUUGUAUGACAUAUACUAUUUGUGUCUCAUUCACAGAUGGGGUGAGACAAACUGUUAAUAUCAUCCGUCCUUAUUGUGUCUGUUACAGAAGUGUUAUAACAACAAUGUGUUCAUUGCUCACAUUGGAAAAUAAUAUGUCUUCUAUAUGAAAUGCAUACACUAUGUUUUCAUGAACCGAUUUUAUUUUUUGGGGGCAUUACAUAUAACGGGACCUGAUCUUAUUUCUCUUAAACAAGAUGCAACACGUGUCGCGGUUUUCGUUUGAAUGAAAUAGCAUUAAGUCGUUAACAGGGUUUUAUUAAUUGUCAGGGUUCCCUAAAGCAUAAUAAGUUUUUUUUCUUAAUUUGUACAUAUCGAUAGCUUGUCAACAAUAAGUCCUGAAUAACGUUUAUCUGUUAACAAAUACAAAUCUGCAAAAUGGCUUCAUAUGACAUAUACGUGUCCCAAUUUAAGGCAGAUUGGAAUAAUUCACUUUAACAAGUUGAAAACGUGAAUGCAUAUUUCUACAGACAUAACUUAAUAUUAAUGGUUGCUUGUUUUUGACUGUAUCGAAAAUUCAAAUUCGGCUAAAUUAAGAGAAAAACGUAAAUUAAUUCAAUUCCUAAUAUUGUAAUAGAUAAAGAAUAAUGAAAUAAAUAUCUUAAUCAACUUAUAAAGAUAGUAGUUAAUCUUAUAAAAUGAUAUAUAAAAUGUUAAAUAAUAAAUAUAUCGAACUCCAAGGAAAAUUCAAAUCGGAAAGUCCGUUAACAAAGGCAAAAUAAAAAGCUAAAACAAAUCACACGAAUGUAACCACAUGAAUUGUGUUUCAUGCAAUUGUUUUUUACCUAUUACUGCUUGAAAAAUGUGAUAGAAAGCACUUUAAAUAAUUUUGUUUCUUAAGUUGUGUAUAGUUUUUCUUAUGUUUUAGUUGAUGUUAGUUAUUUUUAUUGUUAAACAGUGUCUUUAUUAGACAAUAGAUACAAAAAAAUAAAACACAUGUCUUACCAUCAACAUGAUUAAAAACACACUACUUCAAUGAAACGUGUAAACUGUGAGUAGGACUUAAGAAAUAGGAAAUGAUAAUCACUGUCUUUUUAAUUGUCCUCUUUGUUGGCUCAGCGAAUCUACAAAGGGUCAAUAACGAAACGUUGUUCGCCUUGUAAGUUAAUAUGUCACUAUAGUAUAACUAAAAACUCAGUUAAUAAUGUUAUUUUAAAUAAAAUGAUACACAAAUAUAUUUCUGCAGCUUGCAAGAAAAUAUCUCGUGACAUAAACAUAAAUUUGCAUUCGUCUGCUUAAAAAUCGAUUUGACCGAACUUAUACUUCACUGAAGAUUCAUUUCUGAUGAAGCAAAAUAUAAACUUUUUCUGUUUGCUUAUGGCAGUCAUUUUUUAAUAAUUCUGUUUUCCUUCAUUGUUUUGUUCAGAUGUAUAAAUUAUUUUAUUGAAAACGUUCCACAAAUUUACCUCGUCUUUCAUGCUACAUGGUUUUUUUUAAAUCAGACGCGUAUUGUGUUUAUAUCAACACCAACAACAAAUAUCUGAAAGAGGGUUUUAUUUGCCUUCACAAAGACUGUCUGUCCGUUAACCUUAUCAAAGGUAGAUUCCAAAAUUUUAUGGCAAUGUGUUGCAUUCUGAUUUCGAUCUUUUACCUGUACGUAAUCUAUUUUUUUUCAGAAAAUAUUUUUAUUUGAGUGUUUAUCGUUAAAUUUACACCAGCCAGCAAUGCCACAUUAAAACAUAAUUGCUGCUUUUCAUUCGUUUAACUACGGGUAAUUCAUUGAUAUUCCAAUUAUUGCAAGUGGACUUUUUACCUUUACAAUUUCAUAUAUUGCAGUGAAACAAAGAUCGGGUUGAUUUCCACCUCGAUCGUAAAAUUUUUCUCUCUAUUUGGGGUAUGGAUUUUUAAAAACAAUGAUUAUAUCAUAGCUCUUGAUGAAAGUUUAUUAUAAAUUGAGCGUAUAUCUUCCAGUUGAUACGUAUAUGCUGCUGGCAUGCUGUUACAUAGAAAAAGAAAGUUCUGAAAUCAUUACUUUUGUCCUAAAAUUUUGAUGUCAAUCGACAUUAAUUAUCAAUAUCUAGAUGUAAGUUCAUAUAUGAAAAUGCUAUACCCUUUAUUUCAAACAAGUUGGGGAGGGAGCCUUGGUGGCCAAGUGAUCUUAAUAAUGUUACUAUUGUAAUCACUAGUCAGUCAACACUGAGGUUGUGAGUUCGAACCCCGCUCGUACAGGUGCACUUGACUCCAAUCUUAAUUGACCAGGAUUGUCAGUUUUUUUUGGUCAAAGGUCUGUGAUUUUCUCCGGACACUCCUGUUUCCCCCACCAAUUGAAACUGGCCGCUAGAAAAUAGCGAUCAAUCAGUGAAGCAAUCAAACACGUUGGGAUAGAUGCGUAGUCACCAAACUUUGAAAAUUUUGUAAGAAGACAACAUCUUUAUAGCGAAAGUUAUUGUUAUGGAAAGUGGUACUUUCGUUUCAUUCAUACUUAGACGCUUUUAUAUGAAGCCCCCCUUUAUUUAAAAAGGAAUAGGAAAUAUUAAAAACAUAUACCAAAGUAUCGUUACAAAACAGUUGUUUGUUAAACUUAAAGACAAUAUUAAUCCGGUUUUCAUUGGAUUUAUUUCAAAUAACAAGGUAGCCCUUAUCAAUUUUCAAACCCAAGACCUCGACUUCUAAUCGACGCAAAUAUUUGCUUCUAGUAAAUAGUGUAUUUACAGGACAAUUACGUAACAAUAGUUAGUCUAUUCGUUUAUGACUUUUAAUUGACUGCAACAUUAUUAACAUUGAUAAAAAUUAUUGUCCGAAUAGUUUUAUUGCUUUACUCACAAAAAUCGUUUUUUUCUUUCUUUACAUUUAAUGUUCAACAAUAGAACUUCCUGUUAUGUAAUUCACGAUUAAACACGUUUUGUAUUGAAUUAAGCCAGCUGAUAUGGGCCUCUUUAUUUCUAAAUAAUUUAAUUUUGGAUGUAACGCGUCUUCUAAUUGACUGCCGUCGUUUUGUUUAUCAUAUCAUAGACACAAACGUUUUUUUUCAUGAUUUACGCUGGUUUAAAAUGGAAUUUAGAAUUAAAUUAUAAGUAUAGCUGCUAUAUUUUGUCAGUCUAUUCGAAAUAACAUUAAAAAAAUGUUGUGCACACUGUUAGAAAACCCACUACGCACGUUAUUAAGUGGGCACCACUUUUUUAUGGUAUUUCUUUAUAGACAGAAAAAAUAUUACAGUCAAUCCUUAUUUAAAAAAAUGCUUAUUCCUAAGCCGCCAUGCCAUAUUGUGUGUUUAAAUAAUUAAAUGACAUAAACAACAUAAAUGUGUUUACGUUAUUAACCAUAGAAACAAGUGAACACAAUCCUAACAUUCAUAUUAGUCGUUUUAUCUCCUAUUAUAAAGCGUGUCCAUUUAUAUUAUCAUCUAUAGCUUUACUUUCUUGUGCACUAUACAUUUCAAUCGAAUAAGUAUUUUAGUCUUAAUUUAUGUGUGCUGUUUUGUUGGAUUUCUUGAAAUAAAACAUACGUCUUGAAACUGGACCUGUAGAAGAAGCUCCUUUUUUAAAACAAUAGACCUUAGUUUUCAACACUACCACCCUCCCCAAAAACAAAAACAACGUAUAACGUAACCAUGACUAGAUUUGAUGUUUAUUCCAUUCCAUAAAUUGUUUUCCAAGUUAUUGAGAUUGAUAUAUAUUAUCAACUAUAUGUUUCGUAAACAAAUUAUAUAUAAUUCAUUUUUUAUCUCACUUAUCUAAAUCAUUUAAAGAAUAAUUACCAGGGGAAAACAUCUGAAUGCAGGUGCGGUUAGAAGAAAAUUGGACAAUAUCUUAAAGGUAAAUACUGUGCAUUUAUGGUAAAUAGCGAAAAAGGAUAAAAUGCAUGCAAGGAAUGUUGAUGUCAUAAAGUAUGAUAAAAGGUUGUAUAUGUAUUAUUUUUGCACUAACAAUCUAUGGUUUAUUCAGCAUUUUGCUCAAACUCUCAAUGUGAACAGAACUGGGACCAAUGCAGUUUUUGGAUGUUGAAUGUUUGUAUAAAAGCUUUUAAUAUUUUCCUUGCAUUGUGUUAUUUUGUUACUUUGAUAAAAAAAAAAUGUCACUGUUCAUUUUGUUUAAGUAAAUGUUGUUAUCAAAUGUAUUACCACUUAACAACCUCCUUAUCAAUGCAAGUAUAUAUGUUUAUUUAAGUGUGAAGGAUUUUUGAUUAAAAUGUUGGUUAACUUAAAAUCGAACAUAGUUUGUAGCUUGUGAACAAUCUUUGAUUAUGUGAUUAUGAUUGUAAACUAUAUACUAAUCAUAAAGGAAUACACGUUUGCUUGUAUAUAUGAUCUCCAUUUAUGUAACUUUUAAUUAUAUAAAACGGUUUGACAAUUAUCUUUUUAGAAUGUGCAAUAUCUGAUUGUGUAAAAUACGCUAUGUGAUUUACAAUUGUUAAUAGGGCUCAAGUUUAAUUGUAAAUAUUAAAAUAGAUAUUGUUUAUUGAAAUCGUUGUAAAUUCAUACGAUAUCUUUAUUGUAAUUAUUUGAUUUUUAAUAGAUGUAAGUAAAGAAUAAAACAUG